UCGGAGUCGUCCGAGCUGAACUUCUCCCUGAGUCACGACACGUCGGAAUCAGAACUCUCUGUCUUCAGCCCGACCACUGAUCCACCCAACACCCGGGGUCACUCCUCGGGAUCUCCACUUUUCAAUGGUCGACGUUCUCCCGGAGCUCAGGAGAACGUCCCGGAGGAGUCCGACGUCGGGAACCUCAGCAGCCGCGAGGACGGACACGGUCUGGAGGAAAAGUCGCUGGUGGUGGAGAGAGGUGGAGGUGGGGACGGAGGGCGUGGGAGCAGGAGUGUAGGAGGUCAGGAGGCAGAGGUGUGUGGACCUCCUCCUCCUCCUUCAGACAGCCUAGAGAGUCUGAUUGUCAUGAGCCUGUACCUGCACCGGGUCAAGGGUCUGGUUCUGGCCCUGCUGGUGGAUCCUGACUUCCUGAACAACAAAGCUUCGAUGGAGGAAGUG